AUGGAGUUCAAAAAUUUGUACGUGAUAUUUGCAGUAUUUUGCAUUGGAAAUGCCGAAAUCCUCAACUUCUCCGGGGGAUUAAAAUCUAAUUACACAUUCCCCAAAGAAUUCAUAUUUGGAGUAUCAACGGCUGCGUACCAAAUUGAAGGUGCAUGGGACGCAGAUGGGAAGUCUGAAAGUAUAUGGGAUCAUCUCGUGCAUACCAAUAAAACAUUUGUCAAAGAUGGAUCCAACGGUGAUGUUGCAGCAGACUCCUACCACCAAUACAAGAGAGACGCCGAAAUGGUUCACGAACUCGGUGUGAACGUGUACAGAUUUUCUAUAUCAUGGCCAAGGAUUUUACCCACUGGUCUCACGAACCAGAUAAACGCUUUAGGUCUCCAGUAUUACAGCAAUCUCAUUGACGAACUCCUGAAGUACAAUAUUACUCCUAUGGUGACUAUAUAUCAUUGGGACUUGCCUCAGAAACUACAGAACAUAGGAGGAUGGACCAACUCCCAUAUUGUUGAUUAUUAUACGGAUUACGCGAAAGUUUUGUUCGAUGCUUUUGCGGGGAAGGUGAAGUACUGGGUGACUUUCAAUGAGCCGAUGCAGACGUGUCUGGAAGGGUACGGUGGCACGUACCGAGCGCCCGCAUUGAACAGGCAUGGUAUUGCUGAAUACCUCUGCGCACACAAUCUUUUGAAAGCCCACGCGAGCGUCUACCACCUCUUCAACCAAAAUUACCGUCAUGUCAAUAAAGGUAAAAUUGGUCUGUCAUUGGACUCCAACUGGGCCGAACCAAAAGAGGACACGCCAGAAGAUAGACAAGCUGCUGAAUUAUACCUAAAGACACACUUGGGCUGGUACGCGCAUCCCGUUUACUCGCAGCAGGGCAACUACCCCGCCGAACUUAUAAAGUUAGUCGAUGAGAAGAGUCUACAACAAAACUACACUCGGUCCCGACUCCCGAAGUUCACUCCUGAAGAGGUGAACUACAUCAAGGGAACUGCAGACUUCUUUGGUUUGAACCACUACACCACCUACCUUCUGUCUAUGGCCAAAAAAGAAGUAGGUGCUGUACCUUCCCACGAAAACGAUGUUGGCAUCAUCAGAGUUCAAGACCCGAAAUGGCCUUCCGAUUCGUCAUCAUCUUGGCUUAAGGUGGUGCCUUUCGGCUUCAGACGACUACUAAAAUGGAUCACGAAGACUUAUAACAAUGUCCCUAUAAUAGUCACUGAGAAUGGAUACGCUGAUUUCUCUGGUUUAGAGGACAAAGCGAGAGUGGCGUACUACAGUCAUUACUUGAAUGCCUUGCUUCACGCCUUACACGAAGACAAGAGCAAUGUCCAAGGAUACUUCGCGUGGAGUUUGAUGGAUAACUUCGAAUGGGAUGAUGGAUACGUGUCCCGCUUCGGUCUAUAUCUGGUUGAUUUUAAGAGUCCGAACAAGACGAGGACGGCGAAGCACUCAGCCAAGCUGUAUGCCAGCGUGAUCAAAUCGCGCGCCCUGCCUACCGACUACGACCCUGAGGACUUCACCGCCUUCUCCGGCGCAGCCCUUCUGGCUCCCUCCAUACUUCCUCUACUGUGCAUACACAGGCUACUCUUGUAA